AUGUCUUCUAUUUACAAGGUAUUGGCUGGCAAAGCCUCUGGGAAAUCAGGCUCUAAGGAUGAAACUAAGUUCAUGAACAAGCAGCGUACGCUGCUGAUUUCCUCCAGAGGUGUCACUUACAGACACAGACACUUGAUCCAGGAUCUACACAGCUUGCUGCCCCAGUCGCGCAAGGAACCUAAGCUCGACACCAAGAAAGACCUGGGCCAGCUCAACGAGAUCGCAGAACUGUACAACUGCAACAACGUGGUUUUUUUCGAAGCCCGUAAGCACCAGGAUCUGUACAUGUGGCUGUCAAAGCCGCCCAACGGCCCCACAAUCAAGUUCUACCUUCAAAACCUGCAUACCAUGGAUGAGCUGAAUUUCACGGGUAACUGUCUGAAGGGCUCGAGACCAGUGCUGUCGUUCGACGCCCGGUUCGACUCGUCUCCACACUACAAGCUCAUCAAGGAGAUGUUCAUACACAACUUUGGAGUUCCUCCUCACGCACGCAAAUCGAAGCCAUUCAUAGACCACGUUAUGUCGUUCAGCAUCGUGGACGACAAGAUCUGGGUCAGAACCUAUGAGAUCGCGCACAAGGCCAGAAACGAGGACGAGUACGAGGAAGGUGCCGACCGUGAGGCUAAGGAGGACGUCUCUUUGGUCGAGAUAGGGCCUCGUUUUGUGAUGACCGUGAUUUUGAUACUGGAAGGCUCGUUCGGAGGACCUAAGAUCUACGAAAACAAGCAGUACGUGUCGCCAAACUUUGUGAGGGCCCAGGCCAAACAGCAGGCUGCUGCGGACGCCCGCAGUCGGUCCGAAGCCGCCGUGCAGCGCAAGAUCAAGAGACGUGAAAACGUUUUGGCUGCUGAUCCACUAUCCAACGACGUGGUGUUCAAAAGCUAA